CCCUCAUUUCCAAACUCCCCAAAACCAAAACCAAAACCAAAAUCCCAGUUCCUUCACCCAACAACAACACUGGCUCCUCUGAGUCCUCCCCAACACAUGAGUGAGGGAAGAAGAGCAUCGCCACCACCGUUACAGCUGCCAUCGUCGUUGUUAUCAUCGGAUUCAAGUGAUGGAGAGCCAGAACUUUUCACCACCCCACGUAGAUGCAUCUCGGCCGUCCUUGGGCUUCCCUCUCGGCACGGCUCUUCUCUUGAUCAUCAUAUUCAGCCUCAGUGGAAUCUUCUCGUGCUGCUACCACUGGGACAAGCUUAGAUCACUCCGUAGAUCUUUCAACCAAAACGCUGACCCCGAGGCCGAUGUCCAACCGCCAUCUCCCUCCAAAUCUAAACCUGCCCACUUGGAUUUGAAGCAGAAGCAGAGGGAAAGCUUGCCGGUGAUAAUGGCAGGUGACCAGAUUCCAAAGUUUAUGGCAUUGCCAUGUCCUAGAGAACCUCCGAGGGAUGAGAAGACUCUGGUGAAGGUGCAAAAGCAGCCCAAGCCACCUCGAUUUCCUGUCCCUUUGUAUUAGCAAUUUGUUGACCAUUUGGUGUGCGUACAUGCUACAUAAUCAUAUAUAAUAUGUAACAUUCAAUUACAUUCUAGUUUCUAUAC